AUGGAGAAAGCCAGCGCCGGGCAAUGGAGUUUGUACAAGGAGGUGGUCCAAGACAACAUUGCUGGUGGGGCAUGGCAGGCCCUGAUCUUCACCACCAUCUUUCUAGCGUCGGUCUUUGGAUUGUACUGGAUGGCAUGCAUCCCCAGUGAGGACAAGCAUGAUGGAAGAGAUCACAGAAUGCUGGCGGGAAGGCAGCAUGGACAUGCUGGACAACUGCUUUCAGGCAGACAGAUGUAUCCUGCAAUGUCUCAGCGCCCAACCCUCGAAGCUGGCUCCGUGCGGUCGUUGAACCCAAUGAAUCCACCUUCAUCGAUGAGAUUGAGCUUGACCGCGCGAAAAUCCACAGGCGACAACUGGUACCCGGAGCUGCCCACUAUCUACCCGCCUCUUGUGAUUCCAGCCGCACAUACACGGCUGGCAGUGCCGGUCUCGCCGCUGUUUCACGACCAGUUCGAGGUGGAUGUGCUUGGAUUGUCAGGCGUACCGUUGCUCACGGCUGCGCUCACGCAGGAAAAUGGCUUACGGAAGGUGCAGAUCUCCUUACACAGUGCAGGCACGCUUUUGGCAAUUGUGACCUCUGCCAAAGAAGUCUUUGGCAGCGACGGAACUCACUUCGGAACGCUAGUCCAGGAGGGAGACCGUCCCGAGUGCCUUCAGCAUACUCUUCGCGACCGGGCUGGGCGACCACUCCUGGCCGUCAGCACUCGUCAGGACCGCAGAGACUACAAGAUGACCUCGAUUUCCGGUGGACGUGUCCUCGAAAGGGCCACUGCGGUCCGACGGCCAGCUGGCAAACUGCCGGCUGAACACUACGAGGUUGUUGCGAACCCGAACGUCGACGCAGUGCUGGUGCUGGCCUGCUUCCUCGCCGUCGUAGUCUUCAAGUCUUCGCAGAGCUCACCGGUUGCAAGAUCCGGCCCUGGCCGUGCGUCCGUUGGCGAGAAUGCAAACCUGACUGGGCGCUACUGGGGUGACCUGGCAGAAGCAGGCGAUGAGCUCGGCCUCUCCCCAGAGAGCUGCGCCGCUGCUGCUUCUUCGGCACAGCCAUCAGAAGAUGCGAAACAAAGGAAGAGUAACGUGGACAUCAUCCGGACCUACAUAUUGGAUAUCCACAGGCUUCGGACCACUGGAGAGAUGCCAUCGAUGACUCUGCAUGAAGUGCUAAUGAUGCAGCCUCCGUAUUCCAAACGAACAGGUCUGGGCAAGCAGUUGGAGAAAGCAGAGGCCAAGGGCUACCUGGCAGCGCUCUCGCUGCUGCCGGGACCUUGGGCUGACGCCCAGACACGCGAGGACAAGCUGAAGCUUUUGGAGCUGGACUGGAUGGCACAGCAGGAGGGGAUCCAGCUGCAGCUUUAUGCUGCUUACCAGGAACGUUAUGGUGACAAAGGCCUUGGAAGCAACAUUGUGGUUCCGUCGGUCGUCAUGCACAGUAAAGUCACGGAGAAGAUCACUCCAGAGAAGCAGUUGACGCCUUUGGACAGCGCGAUUGUGCAGAGGAUCGUGGCGCGUGUCAUUGUUGCUGAUCCUGAAGAUGCUGAACGAGUCGCCCGCAUUCACGUGCGCAAGGAGCCCAAUUUCGGAGUCCUCAUGGACAGCAUCAUCUCGACUACAGACAAUGAGCAUUGGCGGGAGCAACGACAGCAUCUUGUCGAGGCCUUCCUCCCUCUCUCGUCGCUCGCGGAGAUCUUGCCAGUGUCCCUUGCACGUGCAAAGGACUGUGCCAAUCGAUUGGGCAGCCUGGCCAAAGACGGGCAGCCGGUCGACAUGAGCGAUUUCUUGUUGCACGAAGCACAGGCCCAACUGCAGCUGGCCCUUUUGGGAGCACCGGAGUCCUUGAUGGAGGAGACCAACCAAGGCAUUCGGAAGACCUUCAUGUUCCAUCCAGACGCCAAACUCGGUGAGCUGAGCAAUGCGAUGAAGGAGAUCAUGAAGGUGGCACAAGAGGAUCGAACUUUAGGCCUUCCUUCCGACGGAUGUCCUGUAAAAGGACCUUUAUCAAGGGCCCUGCAGACAGGGAAUUUCCAUGCAAGCACUGACUACGGGAAUCUGCUUUUGAUCCUCUUUGCGGGCCAUGACACCACAGGUCACACCAUGACUUGGCUGACCUUCGAGCUUGCCCGCCAUCCGGACAUACAGCGCAAGGUCCAGGAGGAAGUGGACCACUUCUUCCGGUGCCUGAACGGGCGUGACCCAACCUACCAGGACUUGAGCAAGUUUGAUGUCUUGGACCGAUGCAUCACGGAGACGCUCCGUUUGUGGCCUGCCGUGGCAAAUGGCACCUUCAGACAACUGCAGUUUGCAGAAGAGCUCAGCGCCAAAGGCGAAAACAAGGUCACUCUUCCCAAGGGCACGUUUGUGACCAUCAGCAACUGGUGUCGUCAUCGAAACCCAGAGCUUUGGGGAGCAGAUGCGGACACCUUCAACCCUUGGCGGAGCUUUGCUUCUGAGGAGCUCGCCCGCGUGGGUUGCCCGAUGGCCGCGCGCACCCCGCAGUCCGCCCGCUUCUCACCUUUUGCGCACAACCCUCGCAGCUGCUUGGGAAAGAACUUUGCACAGAUGGAAAUGAGACUGAUCUUGUCCUACUUGUUCCACAAGUUCAGCUUUGCCCUAGCGCCACCCUACGACGCCCUUGUGGAUACCACCGUCAAGGCAUCGGACACCAAUCCCAGGAGCUUUCGUGGCAUCAACUCGGGUGGCACCAUGGGGCCCAUGGACCUUGAGCAUGGAGGUUCUGUUUCGGAGGAUGAGCGCUUCCUGGUUGCGAUGAAGCUGCGCGUUGCGCCCACAAGCGCUCAAGCUCAAUGGCAUGCUCGACAUCGCAGAGCAUCAGAUGUCCAGGACACUCUCUACGAAAGCUGCGAGGGUGAAUUCGUCAGCAAUCGUGGAGAGCAAGCGGGUCUCUAUGGUUCCCAGGGCUCAAAAAAGACAGGAGUUUCCUUCAAGUUUCAGCCUUUCUGA